ACCAAGAGCUCCUACUCCUUUAUAAAAAUCAACCCUUUUGGUCCCAUGAAACAAAACUAAAUCACAAAACCUGAAGGAAAAACAGCAGAACCUCUGUUCUAUUACACGCUACCCGAUUCUGGCUCUACCUUCUAAAACUUCCGACUCUUUCAUCAAUGGCUGAUCAUCAGAGGAUUCAUCCGGUCCGGGACCCUGAAGCCGGGGCACCCCAGAGAACAACAGUUCCACUAGUUUCCGGGGGGGCUCCCCAGUCAGAGAAAGGUGAUCCAGAAGGCAACUACUAUCAACCACAUCAAAGAACUAUCCCUUAUUCAUACUCAAAACCACCAAAGAGAAACUGCUGCAAGAAGUGUUUGUGUUGGACACUGGCCCUCAUCAUACUUCUGAUACUCCUCAUAGCCAUCUCUGCUGGGAUCAUAUACCUUGUUUUCCGACCAAAACUCCCAAAAUAUUCAGUUGACAGCCUGACCAUAACGCAUCUCAAUCUCAACAACGACAACAGCUUAUUUGCUACUUUUAACGUGAACGUCACAGCUAGAAAUCCCAACAAAAAAAUCGGUAUAUACUACGAGGGCGGCAGCGAUUUGAGAGUCUAUUUUACGGGGACUCAACUUUGUGAAGGUUCAUUGCCAAAGUUUUAUCAAGGUCACAGGAACACCACUGUAAUGAACGUGACUUUGACCGGACAAACGCAGGAUGCAAAUGGGCUGCUGCAGUCUUUGCAGGCCCAGGAGCAGACUGGAAAUAUUCCAUUGUUUCUCAGGGGAAAAGUUCCGGUGAGGCUGAAGCUUGGGGGAUUGAAGUUGAUGAAGUGGAAAUUCUUGGUAAGGUGUUGGUUGAACGUGGAUAGCUUGACAACUGACAACGCGAUUAGAAUUAGAGAUAGUCGUUGUAAGUUUAGGUUUAGGUUCUAGUUAUUUGCUUCAUAUGGAGUCUAUAUUCCCGCGGGCCGGCGAUUGUCAUUUCUUUCUGAUUUUUUCAUUUUUUUUGGGUGUUUAGUUCAUUAUUGUCAAUAAAAGAAGAGGAGGAUGUUUUUCCCUCCCAUACUACUAUAGACGAUGAAUAAUUCUGUGACU